ACGUGUAUAUGUAGAUGAAUGGAUAAGCGUACGAUAAACAGUUUCCUUAAAUUAAACGAUACGAACAACUCUGCAACAGUACUUUUCCUGAAUGGAUCUCCACGUUGGCAAUCACCACACCCUCAGUUCUAUAAACCGGAGGAGAAUAUAAAUUGCCUCGAUGAUUCGGAAUGUUGGAUGUGUUGGGAUACCUGUCAUAUGUUUUACACUAACUUUCGCGUGUGGGGGCACAUGUGUGAAGAAAAGAAACUCUGUUUCCCCGGCUGCCAGGAAUCGUGUCGUUUCCAUAACUCACACCCAGAACUUGUCAUCCAAGAAGGUCAUUCCGAUACUGGUGUUGUACAACCAUUGAAGUACAGCUAUCAGCCGGAGAGCGACGCGUUUCGUCUGCAGUGGACGAGGCCCAAGGAAGACUACCAAGUCGGGCAGCUAGUUUACGUGUUGUUGAUACGGGACGAACUCUCUGGCGACUGGGAACAGUUACAACAAACCUUCUACCACAACGUUACAGUACGCCGAGGCCUUAUUAAGUCGUCAUCACACAUCCGACUCAUUUCCUAUGACUCUGAAGGCAGAACCGCUGAAAUAGUGAAGCUGUGUUCUGAACUGAACGUUAGUCCGAACAGGGAAUAUAUUGAGGAGAUGUAUAAAGACCAAGGGUACUUUGAUAACAUUGUCCCAGGCUACAUUGGCUAUCGUAAAGGAUCUUCGAUGGAACAGUGGAAACCGGCCGUUCAGUCACUACGAGAUUCCAACAAACACGUUGGUGGUGUUGAUGCCGUUAUUUCCUGGGCGCAUGUGCCACACAAAGCACAAACUAAAUACGUUGUCGAAUGGAAACAGGCAGAUCAGACUAUCGACAUCACUGGACAAUUGUCCACCUAUAAUAACGUCGGUACCUUGACCCUGUGGCCAAACACAAUGUACCAGCUGACCAUCAGAGCUUUUGUGCCUGGCAUCCGUGACCCUAUCGCGCGCAGUAUCACUAUUAUUAUCAAUACAGCUGAUUUCGACGGUGCCGGCCUGUGGAUACCCAUCAACUACGUCACGAUAGGCGCUGUUACAGCUUUUAUUUUAACUGGCGCAAUAACUUUUAUCGUCAUACGGUUCUAUCGUCGUCAGCGCGCUCGUCCAGUCGACACGAUCCCAACAAUCCAGCCUACAGCUCCAAACAAAAUAGGCUCAUCUUUUCGACAUGCCUCAGUGAAAAGACAGUUGUCCUCACUCGGUACACGCCUUUCUCAAGGACCACUCAGUCCAUCAGUUAAGCACAAUCGGCUGAUUGAAGAGGAUCCUUCAUUCUCUUCAGAUCCUCGUCACAUGCCAGACAGCGGCUGUAACGUUUAA